GAGUACUUAAAGCUCGACAAAUGGCUUAAAGACAAGAUUGAGUGCAACGGCGAGAACUUUGUCAACGCCUGCAUUAUGUUUCUUAACCGUCGCUGUCCGGCAUUGUUGGGCACUUCGCCGCCCAAUGAGUCGGCGGCCAACACAACUACACUGCCCGCCGAAACACUGGCCACUAUGUUGUCGUGUCUGCAACAGGCCAUCAGUGCCACCGGCUCUCCAUCUUCCGGUGCCAUCACUUCAAUAUCGGCGAUGUCUCAAGAGAUCAAUGACGCCAUUCUAACAAUGGUGGCCAACUCGACGCGUCUUAUAUCGAAACUGCCCCGACAGGGACCGCCCGGAGCCAUACCAACCAUCGGACCCCCCAAUCCUAUCCGUACAACAAUCCCGAUCUCCACGCAGUCAUCUAUCGGUGAUCUCGGAAUGAGUGGUUUGAAUAUUAGUCAAACUCCCGAAACGCCGACCUCUGCGUUCUCGCAAUCAGUUCGGCCGCCAUUUAAUCCAAUCGGUUUGGGUUCACAACAAAUCGCGAACAACAACGCCGUGAGCGCCGCUGAAAAUGCUAACCGUAUGAAAAUGGCCGGAGAUUUGGCCAACAAUUUGGCGCAAAUAUUUCCUGAUAUGCAACACAACGUCAGUGUAGACAUCGAGGAAGAGGCGGACACAUACUUCCAGCGUAUAUACAAUCAGCAACAGUCGGGUUGUCUGACCAUCGAUGAGGUGCUCGAUAUGUUGCGACGCUUUCAGGACUCGGAAACAAAACGAGAGAGGGAUGUGUUUACGUGUAUGAUUAGAAACCUAUUCAAAGAGUACGGAUUUUUCCCGCAAUAUCCCGAUCGAGAGCUGUUAAUAACGGCCCAAUUGUUUGGCGGUAUAAUCCAAAUGGGUUUAGUUAAGUACAUGGCGUUAGUGGUGGCGCUCAGGUAUGUGUUGGAGGCGUUGCGCAAACAACACGCCAGCAAAAUGUACUUCUUUGGAAUCGCCGCUCUCGACAGGUUUAAGUCCAAACUCAAAGACUAUCCCCUGUAUUGUCACCAUUUGGCACAAAUACCCCAUUUCCGUGACUUUCCGCCCCAUCUCAUCGAAUACAUCGAAUGCGGCACUCGAUCCAUAUCGCCCUCAGUCGGCAGGAAUAAUGUCAACUCAUCCCAACCACCCGUCGGUAUGCCCUCUAUAGUGGGCUCAACGCCCACACUCAACGCUAACAGCAUUGCAUCAGCUUUGCCUCAAUUGAGUGCUAACCUCACAAUGGGUUCAAACCUUUCUAAUGCCAACAACAUAUCGACUUCGCGUGUCGUUCAGCCGCCCAUCGCGUCGGCUAAUAGUACGACAGCCAACUCGACCGCAACCACAGCUGCGACUUCUGUCAUGUCAACGACAAGCAGUUCUCGGCCGUCGAUCGCUAACGCGACAAACAUUGACCCAUUGUUGGCCGCGAGCGACACGAUAUUCGCGGAACCGCCGGACGCGAUGCAGGACAAGAUUGCGUUCAUUAUAAACAAUUUAUCGCAACUAAAUCUGUCGCACAAAACCGAUGAGUUCAAGGAAACCAUUGGAAACGAAGAGCAGUACAACGAUUGGAUCGCACAGUACUUAGUGGUGAAGAGGGCGUCCAUUGAGCCCAACUUUCACGCCCUUUACGCCAAUUUCAUCGAAAUGUUGAAAAUGAAUGAAUUGACUCGUAUUGUACUGAAAGAAACGCAUCGAAACAUUAAAGUACUUCUCGGAAGUGAUAAAGAGAUCGCCAACUUUAGUGACCGCUCUCUACUCAAGAACUUAGGCCAUUGGUUAGGAAUGUUAACACUCGCCAAGAAUAAGCCCAUUCUCAGUGUGGAUCUCGAACUCAAGAACCUUCUGAUAGAGGCCUACCAGAGGGGCACUCAGGAACUCCUAUAUAUCGUCCCAUUCAUCGCUAAGAUUCUCGAGAGUUGUGCGAAGUCUCGUGUGUUUAAGCCUCCGAACCCGUGGACAAUGGCUAUAAUCAAAGGACUGGUAGAACUACAUCAGGAGCCGAACAUUAAGCUUAACCUUAAGUUUGAAGUGGAAGUCCUGUGCAAAACACUCAAUAUAGACAUUAAUUCACUGAUUGGCAAAUCAAUGAUUUUGAAGAGCGAUUUGUACACUAAAAUUGAUAACCAAUUAGGAGGCGGAAUAAAGCCGCCACAGCCUACACUUCAGCCGAUCACUACCGCCGAUUCACACAUGAUUAUACCCCAUCACACGCCAUCGCCGGCGCCGCAAUUGGUGUCAUCUCACCCGCAAGUGACGAGUUUACCGCAAACAUCAGUCCCAACCCCUUCAGUGGGAAAUCAGGCGCCAGGAGUCCAACUAUACAACUAUCACGACAUUAACGUCAACACCACGAGUGGUCUCUCACAACAUGUGGUGAUUCAACCCAAUCUACAACUUCUAUCAAUGAAUCCGUCGCUCAAAGCGCUCGUUCGACCGGCAAUUGAAAGAGCGGUUCAGGAAUGGAUUGUUCCGGUGGUCGAGCGGAGCAUUAAGAUCAGUCUGACGACAGCCGAACAGAUCAUCAAAAAGGACUUUGCGUUGGAUCCGGACGAGAACCACAUGUGUGUCGCCGCACACUAUCUGACCAGAAAUUUGACGGCAGGAAUGGCAAUGAUUACGUGUAAAGACCCGUUGUUUGUGUCGAUUACGACCGCACUUAAGAACGCGUUCAACGGUCGCGCUUCGCAGAUGUCGAAGGAUAUGAUUGACGCGACGGCCCAUACGAUCGCCACCGACAACAUCGACCUCUGCUGUUGUUUCAUUCAGAAGACGGCGAUUGAGAAGUCUUUGACAGAAUUGGACAGAAAAAUGAAGAGUGAAUACGAAGUGAGACGCGCCGCCAGAGCCGAAGGCAGACGCUAUUGCGACCCAACAGUACUGACAUAUCAGGCCGAGAGAAUGCCAGAAGCCAUACGUCUGAAAGUGGGUCCCGUCACUCCUCAACAGAUGAAUGUUUACGAAGAGUUGGGCAAAAAUAUUCCCGGAUUUUUGUCACCCAUUUCUGAUAAUCCGAACGCCAUCUCAAACGCCAACGAAAGAAAUCAAUUGAUUGGCCAGUCGUCGGCGCCUUCUUUCAAGACAUCGCAUAUGAAUCAAAGCGUUUCCAACAACUUUGUCGGCUCGUCUGAUCCACCCGUUUCCACCCAAGCGGCCGACGCAGCUCUGGUCACCAUUUAUGACAAAUUAAUGACAGAAUUGGAGUCUCUUAUGCAUCAAUUCAGUCAAAUACAGAGUAUGUCUUCGGAAUUGUUUGUGAAUACGAUUCGAGGCAUCGCUGAGAUUCUACUGUUGGCGCGACAGAACCCAAGAGACGUGAUGUGUGCCCUCACGUUAAUACAGAAGGUCUUGGAGGCCAUUCACGAACUCAUAGCCAAUAUGGAUCAGUCAGGAGUGGCAGAUAUGCUAGUGAUUGGUCGCGCGAGGGAUCUCUAUCUUGUUAUACUGAAAGCGCUGUCAGAUCCCAGAGCUUUCACUCAUCAGUGGACCACUAAACAGAUCACUCGACUAGUGUUGGAGCGAUUGUUCAACUCGUCGACCGGUCCGGCACUUCCCGACGAAUUGCUGGAGAUCCUGAUCCGCGCCUCACUUAUCAACUUCCAGAUGAUGGACAUUCAUUUGGCGCAACUCAUUGAAAACACCCAAAACCCAGUGGCGCUCGCAUUCACUCUCCAAUUCAUCAAAAUAUAUGGCCAUAACUUCAGUGAAACUGAUUUCCCGAACACUAUUGAAAAUCUGCUUCGUUUGAGUAAAGGAUCGGCGCAUCCAUUGAUUCUAGAGAUCCAGCAGAUCGUCGAAAGUCUUCGUGGGUCGCAAUCGGGUUCGGUUAGUGUCCACAACGAUGUGCCCGCGAGUAUGGUUUCAAUGGACGUUUCGGCGAAUUCGCGUCAGUUCGACGCCGACCCGCCCGGCCUUCUCGAGAAGACCGAACGACUUCUUCGGGAAUGGAUUCAAUUAUAUCACUCUCAGGCGAAUACCAGCAAAAUAUUCCAGUUUUAUGUCCAACAGAUGAACCUUCAGGUGAGAGUUGUUUUUUCAUAUAACGUGUAA